CGGGUGCACACCGGAUAAAAGGUCUGCCCUCCAUAACUGGUUCAAACGCAUCUGCCAAAACUUCAGUCGACCACCCUUCGCUAUCAACUGCAAAGGUCUGAGUAGCUGACUCACAUACUUACGCAUCCCAGAGCUUGGCGGUGGCCGCGCAAGCGUCUUUCCGGGUACAUAGCGAUACGUCGAAGGCGUACCACGGUUCAACAUUCACGGACCGCCAUGGAUGAUACGUUUCCAACGUUGUUCGCUAUGAUCGAACCUUCUUUAAAUUUCAGUGACAAGUGGGAUGAUCCGCUGUAUAUCCCUGCCCUCGUCGCCAUUGUUUCGGCGUUGUCCUUCGUGUUCACAAUACCUUUUUUCAAGUCUGACAAGCAGGUUUGCGACGCUGAGGGCGAGAGCGAGCGGCCCAAAUUAGCACGCUAUCUGGACCAACAAGGCGGGAUGUUCAUCCUUGUCUUCAAAGGUACCAGGCUCCUGUGCGUGCUCGCCCUCCUCGCCCUGGCCGUAAACCAAGUCAUUGUCGGAGUACAUCCACAACCGAACCUGGUUCCCUGGUUUGAACUUCGUCUGACUGCAGCCUACGCAUACGCGUCGUUGCUGGCGCUUCUGACUGUAACAGCGCGAUCACCGCUCAGCAGGAACGCGUCGCUUCAUCUCACUGUACUCCUGCUAGUCACUUGGGGUCUCUAUGUCUACCGAGACGUUUGGCCAUUGGCGACAUUCACCCUGACGCCGCUCGACAGCGCCGAAGGCGGCAUUCUCUGGGCGAAAGUCGCUUUAUUGACCGUAUCUGCGGUGAUCGUACCACUGUGCAUCCCGCGUUCAUAUGUUCCUCUUGAUCCGCAAGAGCCGACGGCCCCGCACCCAGAGCAGACAGCAUCUCUGCUGUCGCUGAUAGUGUACGGAUGGAUAGAUCCGACCGUCUGGAAGGCGUACCGGCAGCCCCAGAUGAAGCUAGAGGACCUCCCGCCGCUCGCGGAUUAUGAUCGUACGAAGAAUCUUGUCCAGAGAGGACUUCCGCAUCUAGAUCCCUUCCAAACACCGAAAAGGAGACAUUUUUUCUGGAGACUGAUGCGCGUUUUCGGAAAGGAAUACACGGUUCUUGGGCUGAUGCUCGCUUUACGAGUAUGUUCAGAGUUGUUCUCGGAUUGUAUGGUCAGCUACAUUGAGCAAGGCGGCGAAGGCAUGACCGUCCGACCCUGGGUAUGGAUCUUCCUGCUCUUCCUCGGCCCUACUGCGGGCACGUUCGCUUUCCAAUGGUACAUCUACACAGCAGCCACACUGACGGUGCGCGCGAAAGCGAUGAUCACCCAGCUCGUCUUUGAGCAUGCUCUACGCGUCCGGAUGAAAGCCGAGACAGCCGGGGCGAAAGCAGCCCCUUCGACUCCAGGCAGGACGCCAGACACGGCAUCGCUCGCGGAGCCUGCGUCCGCAAACGGCACAAACGGGAUGGAGACAGACAACGGAGAGGACGCUACCCUGCGCGGCUCGAGUACCGAAACGACUGCUACGACGAAGGACGGUGAGGAUUCGAGCAAGGAAGGAUCGAGCGGCGGUGCAUCGAACCUUGUUGGAAGGAUCAAUAACCUCGUAACGACGGACAUGCAAACGAUCGACCAUGGACGGGAUUUCAUCUUCGUGUUGGUUGAGGUCCCGACACAGCUCGCACUGUGUACGUGGUUCUUGUACUCGGUCUUGGGCUGGAGUGCUUUCGUCGGGAUGGGAGUCAUGGGAUGCAUGCUUCCACUCCCAGGGUACGUUGCCAGCUUCGUGCAUGGUCUACAAGAGAAGAAGAUGGCGAAGACGGACGCUCGCGUGCAAACCGUAAGCGAACUACUCGGCGUGGUCCGCAUGAUCAAGCUGUUUGGAUGGGAGCCACGUGUUGCUGAGCAGGUCGCGGAGAAGAGAGAGGAAGAGAUGAGCUUCGUCAGAAGUCUGCGGAUGCGCGAGUUCCUGAUGAAUUACGUGAAUCACCUGAUCCCGCUGGUGACCAUGAUCGUCACCUACGCAGUCUAUACGCUUUUGAUGAAGCAGACCCUUACAGGCAUGUGUCUCACACUCCGUUACGAGUUACAGCAGACGUUCCUAAUGAUACCAUUCAUCAUACAAGCGAAGGUUUCGGUCGAUCGAGUUGACAAGUUCCUCAAUGAGACAGAACUCCUGGAUGAGUAUUCGGCCACGGGCGACGACGUUGUCGAAGUCCUAGGCAAUGGGCCUAACAACGGCGACGCGAUCGGAUUCCGAAAUGUCUCGUUCACUUGGACUGCCUCGACAGAAGGCAACAUGACGCCGACGCCGCAGAGACGCGUGUUCAGAUUGUCGAUUGACGACGAGCUCGUGUUCAAACGUGGUCGGAUCAACCUGAUCCUUGGCCCUACAGGAUCAGGGAAGACCUCUAUGCUGAUGGCAUUGCUCGGCGAGAUGCACUAUAUACCCAAUGGUCCAGACUCAUAUGUGAACCUUCCGCGCUCCUGUGGCGUUGCAUACGCUGCACAAGAAUCGUGGGUACAGAACGAGACGAUCAAGGACAACAUUCUGUUUGGAUCGCCCUAUGACGAAGAGCGAUACAAUAAGGUGAUUGAACAAUGUGGUUUGACACGCGAUUUGGAGCUUCUGGAAGCUGGCGAUCUUACCGAAGUCGGAGAGAAGGGAUUGACCCUCAGAUUUAAUGACGGCCGAGACUCAUCAUCGAUGGCACAGGCGCGCAUAACCCUCGCUCGUGCGAUCUAUUCUCCGGCAGAGAUCUUGCUUUUGGAUGACGUCCUAGCUGCUCUUGACGUUCACACAUCGCAGUGGAUUGUCGGCAAAUGCUUCAAGGGCGAUCUUGUUCGCGGGCGCACAAUCAUCCUGGUGACACACAAUGUCGCAAUUGCGCGACCGAUAGCUGACUUCGUCGUGUCCCUCGGCACGGAUGGCCGUGUCCAUAGCCAGGGCACGCUCGCUGGCGCAUUAGAAGCUAGCGAAGAACUUGCUUCAGAGAUCUCUGAGAAGACGAAAGAAGCGGGGGAAGAGGUUGAUGCCACUAUUCCCGACACGACAGAGAAAGAGAAGAAGGGCAAGCUUAUUCUUGAAGAAGAAGUUUCCAUGGGUCAGGUCGGCUGGUCUGCGUUUAAGCUGUUCUUGGGUUCACUGGGCGGUCGGCAUCCUCUGAUAUUCUGGAUGGCGUGCCUGGGAUGCUACUUGACAUGCGAAAUUACCAGCACGUUCCAGGUUUGGUUCCUCGGACUGUGGGCUCGUCAAUAUGACCAGAUGCCACCUGAGAAGGUAUCGGUGGCCUUCUACGUGGUUACGUACGCACUCAUCCAAGGAGUGACCGUCAUGCUCUUCUCCACUUCUUAUCUAAUCUAUCUUUUCGGGUCCCUGAGGGCCUCUAUCGUCAUCCAUUCUUCACUGAUGUCCUCUAUCCUGGGUGCAACUCUAAGAUGGCUUGACAUGACUCCGGCGUCUCGUAUCAUCACGCGUUGCACUCAAGACAUCCAAGCCAUCGAUAACCAGAUUGUGGACUACUUCUUUUGGUGGAUGGAGCACAGCGGGAUUAUGGCUACAAGACUUGGAGCCGUAGUCAUCAUGUCGCCGCUCAUGCUCAUCCCCGGAUCGACCAUCUUUGUCCUCGGCGCUCUCUGCGGCUACCUAUACAUCAAUACUCAGCUCAACACCAAACGCGAAAUGAGUCUUGCGCAGGCACCUGUCCUGGGGCACUUCGGGGCUGCAAUAACAGGGCUAGUCUCUAUUCGCGCAUAUGGUGCACAAGAUAUGUUCCGGCAGGAAUCGUAUGCGCGCAUCGACAAGUUCACGAGGAUUGCUAGGUCCUUCUACGUCCUGUACCAGUGGAUAGCGAUACGCGUAGAUACAUUGGCAGCAUUGUUCACGGCAGGCCUGGGAGUGUAUAUGAUCUAUGGCCCACCACAGGACCCUUCUAGCAUAGGUUUCUCUCUCAACAUGGCUGUGGAAUUCAGCAGCUGUAUCAUCUGGUGGAUCAAGCUCUCCAACGAGCUUCAAAUUCACGGUAAUUUGGAGCGGAUACAACAGUACUUAUCGAUCGAGCAAGAGGCGAAACCCACCACGAGCGGUGUACCUCCUGCGUAUUGGCCAGCGAGCAGUGUACUGAGAGUGGAGAAACUUUCUGCACGAUAUUCGUCAGAUGGUCCCCGCGUGUUGCACGAGAUAUCAUUCGAGGUCAAGUCUGGCGAACGCGUUGGAAUUGUGGGUCGGACGGGUAGCGGGAAGAGUUCCUUGACACUAGCCUUACUUCGGUGCAUUCUCACGGAAGGCAAGGUAUACUACGACGGUAUAGCUACUGAUACCCUGAACCUGGAUGCGCUUCGCUCGAAGAUCACGAUCAUUCCUCAAUCCCCCGAGCUCUUAAGCGGGACCUUGCGGGAGAACCUCGAUCCAUUCCAUGAACACGACGAUGCUGUCCUGAAUGAUGCCCUGCGCUCCGCGGGUCUCUUCUCCUUGCAAAAAGAGACUGAUGAAGGCAAGAUCACGCUGGAUAGCCAGAUCGCUAGCGGCGGUGGCAAUCUUUCGGUGGGCCAGCGACAAAUCCUCGCGUUGGCCAGAGCUAUCGUGCGUCAGAGUAAGCUUUUGAUUCUAGACGAAGACUACGAGACCGAUACCGUUAUCCAGGCAUCACUGCGCGGUGAGCUGAGGAAGGAUAUCACCUUACUCACAAUUGCGCACCGCUUGCAGACGAUCAUGGACAGCGACAAGAUUAUGGUUCUCGAUGCUGGUCGUAUUGUCGAGUAUGGCGCACCCAGCGAGUUGCUGAAGAUAGAGAACGGCUUGCUUCGCGCCCUAGUCAACGAGAGCGCUGACAAGGAAAAGUUGCUCGGUCUCGCUGAAGGCAAAACAGCUUCAUCAUCCGCGUGAAUCUCCAGCUUCCAAUCGAGUAGUUGCUACUCAUAGUAUUUAGACAUGUUUGAUCUAGAGACAAUACUGUAUGGCUAUAGACCUGUCUUACCAUGCGCUCUUUGCGAGUUCAGAGGAUAUGACAAUCUGAAGAAUACCGUUACUUUC